GUCCACUAGUGGGCCAAACUACGUGACAAAUCUUGUAAAUAUUUCAAACCAGUCGAAAAGGAAGGUUUUAGAAAUGAAUGGAAGUGGAGCUGUGCCACUACAAAAACAAGAUCUGUAACAAAAUAGUAUAGGCUAGAUUCCGUAUGAUAAUUGAACAUUCGACGAAAUUAGACGAACGCAUUUUAUCUCAUACUACUAGCUCUAGUCUCGUCAGUUAGCUAGACAGCUACUUUGCUAGCUACAGUAGUUAGCUUCGGCAGACAUGGCAGCUAUCCUAUUGAAAGUUCCAACCCUUCAGGGUUUGAAAAUAUUUCAACAGAAACUAGUAUGGACCAAAGGAUCUGUCAGAUUGGCUUCAGCAGGUCAAGGCAGGAUAGAAAAGGUCCUUAUUGCCAACCGCGGAGAGAUCGCCUGUCGUGUGAUGAGAACAGCCAAGAAGAUGGGGGUUCGCUCUGUGGCAGUGUACAGCGAGGCAGACCGCCACUCCAUGCAUGUUGCCAUGGCAGAUGAGGCCUACCACAUUGGACCAGCAGCCUCUCAACAAAGCUACCUCUCCAUGGAGAAGGUUCUGGAAGUGGCCAAGGCAUCAGGCUCACAUGCUGUGCACCCGGGGUACGGGUUCCUGUCAGAGAACACAGAGUUUGCCGAGGCGUGCAAACAGGAAGGCAUCAUCUUCAUCGGACCUCCGUCAUCGGCCAUCAGAGACAUGGGCAUCAAGAGCACUUCCAAAUACAUCAUGUCGGCCGCGGGCGUGCCCAUCAUCGAGGGUUACCAUGGAGAAGACCAAUCGGAUGAGAAGCUUCAAGCUGAGGCUGUCCGUAUUGGCUACCCUGUGAUGAUCAAGGCGGUGCGUGGUGGUGGGGGGAAGGGGAUGCGUAUCGCUCGUUCAGGCGCAGACUUCCUGGAGCAGCUGGAGUCGGCCAGAAGAGAGGCUCGCAAGUCGUUCAACGAUGACGUCAUGCUGGUGGAGAAGUUCGUGGAGGAUCCCAGGCACGUGGAGGUGCAGGUGUUCGGGGACCAGCACGGGAACGUUGUCUACCUGUUUGAGAGGGACUGCAGCGUCCAGAGGAGACACCAGAAGAUCAUCGAGGAAGCGCCAGGGCCUGGGAUCAGCCCUGAGGUGAGGAGGAGGCUGGGGGAGGCGGCCGUCAAAGCAGCCCAGGCCGUCAACUACGUAGGAGCAGGCACCGUGGAGUUCAUCAUGGACGCCCAGCACAACUUCUACUUCAUGGAGAUGAACACCCGUCUGCAGGUGGAGCACCCGGUCUCUGAGAUGAUCACGGGGACCGACCUGGUGGAGUGGCAACUGAGGGUGGCAGCAGGCGAGCGCCUGCCCCUGCUCCAGGACGACAUUGAGCUGAUGGGUCACUCGUUUGAGGCCAGGAUCUACGCCGAGGACCCGGACAACGACUUCAUGCCCGGGGCGGGGCCCCUGCUGCACCUGUCCACGCCACAGGCCGACGACUGCACACGCAUCGAGACCGGAGUCAGGGAAGGAGACGAGGUGUCUGCUCACUACGACCCGAUGAUCGCCAAGCUGGUGGUGUGGGGAGAGGACCGCUCUGCAGCCCUGAAGAAGCUCCGAUUCUGUCUCCGCCAGUACAAUAUCGUGGGGCUCAGCACCAACAUAGACUUCCUGCUGAGUCUGUCCGGCCACCCCGAGUUCGAGGCGGGGAACGUGACCACCAGCUUCAUCCCCCAGCACUACGCCGACCUCUUCCCCGCUCCCCGAGCCCCGUCCCGGGCCACGCUGUGCCAGGCCGCCCUGGGGCUCAUCCUCCGGGAGAGGGCCCACACCCGGGACUUCGCCCACGCCUCCGGCGAUCCAUUCAGCCCGUUUGCCUCCAGUAGUGGGAGGAGACUGAACAUUCUGUACAGCAGGAAGAUGACCCUGCAACUUGGGGACAAGAAGGUGGAGCUGGUUGUUACAUACAAACCCGACGGGACCUUCAGUAUGGAGGUUGAAGGACAGCUGUUCCACGUGAAGGGAGAGGUGGAGACGGAGGGAGGAGCCACGUUCCUCCACUGCUCCGUCGACGGGGUCAAGUCCCGCCCCAAACUGGUCAUCCUGGACAACACCGUCCACCUGUUCUCCAUGGAGGGCAGUGCCCAGGUGAGCCUGCCUGUGCCCAAGCACCUGGUGGGGGUGAGCGGCUCCGGGGCCCAGGGGGGCACCCUGGCCCCCAUGACCGGCACUAUCGAGAAGGUGCUGGUGAAGGCUGGAGACAAGGUGGAAGCGGGAGAUCCUCUGAUGAUGAUGAUAGCCAUGAAGAUGGAGCACACCAUCCGGGCUCCCAAGGCUGGGGUGAUCAAGAAGGUCUUCUUCAAGGAGGGCUCCCAGGCCAAUCGGCACGCGGCGCUGGUGGAGUUUGAGCAGGAAGAGGACAGCGAAGAAUAACCCCCCCCCCCCCACACACACACACACACACACACACACACGCACACACACACACACACACAGCUGCCAGUGUGUGUGUGUGGGAGAAAUAACGUUACUGUAGAAACCGCAGACCCUAAACUGGGUCUGCGUCUUCUAGAUGUUUUCUUUUCUUAGCCUAAAUCCUUCAUAAUGUUGUGUCACUUUGCAGAUUAGGAUUUUCAAAUGUGAUUCGACACAGGUACAGUAUGUCAACAUUCUAAUUCAAACCAUUAGGACUGAGGUGUACUGGAGCAAUUGUGUAAACAUCUCCAGGAGAUGGGACUAGCCCAAUGCUGUACAACCCAAUGGGGGAUGCACUACCGGUCUAUAGGGAUCAACGUGUACAGAGGCCUUUCACAUGCCAGGAGAAAAAGCAUGGCGGUGUAGAUUUCAAAGUAUUACCUUUUUGUUUAGUUUUUCUAAUCUCCAGUUUCUGAUGGAAUGACGUGCUGUAACGGUAGAUUAGUUUGGACUUUUCUACUCUCUCCUCCGCCAAGUGCACUUUCUCUCCGUCUUAUACUUGAGUGACGGAUCCUGUCACGGUAUCUGAUGAAACAUGCAUCUCUCCCUCUACCCCGCCUCUCUUCCUCUACCCCGCCUCUAUUCCUCUACCCUGCCUCUCUCCCUCUACCCCGCCUCUCUUCCCCUACCCUGCCUCUCUCCCUCUACCCCGCCUCUCUCCCUCUACCCCGCCUCUAUUCCUCUACCCUGCCUCUCUCCCUCUACCCUGCCUCCCUUCCUCUACCCUGCCUCUCUUCCUCUACCCUUCCCUCCUCUGCCUCCUUUUGUGUUGUGUCCGUCAUUCAUCGCCACAUCUUCCAGGCCUGUCAGGAGGGGAGACCGUAGCGACGGUAUAGCUCCUCUGCCGUUCUAAUGAUCUACAAAUCAGCCGUCGGCUUUAAAACCGAGUCCUCCUGAUUGGUUGAUUAGUCUGAUGGGCCAGUCGUCACGAUCGGCCUGCUUUCUUUGACCCUCCCCAACGUGACUCAUCACUUCUCCUGUCAUGUGACGUUGGGGUCAUUGUGUUGACCGUAUGAGCUCGUCAGCAUGCGCACACUGGUCAGGAUGGGAAGGCUCAUCCAUACUCCUGUGAUGUUUGUGGUGAUAAUGAUGACUGUCUACUAACUCGUGUGAUUUGAGGUCACUCAUCCAGUACCUACAGGAUGUAUAUUCAUGUUUCCUUGUAGAGUUUGGUUUCUUAAACAAUGGCUUUUCUAUGUGUUAUUAGAUGGGUCGGAUACUGUAAUAAAAAAAAAAGUUUCUUAAUG